AUGCCCCAGGUUAUCAUUGACUGUGGUGGAGUCUCCACUUCGCUUCGCUUUAACGAAACGACAUUCUUCGUCGAACCCACGGAGCUUGACGGACAUAAAUCCUCCUGCUGCACAGGCAUAUUUCACUCUUAUAAAGAGGUCAAGUCUACAGAGGUACCUCUUCGCAAUGUCGUUUCUGCCAAAUUUGCAACUGGCGCCGUUGAAGUACGGUACCUCGUUCGCGAGGGCAAGGAGAUGCGUUUGAAGCUUUCGAUGACGCGCGGCGCCAUUAAAGACGAAGAUAGUAAGCGUACCAAGGAGUGGUGUGAAGCGCUACUGCGGGCUGCAUACCAGGGCGCAAAUCCAUCCAAAAAUCUCAAGGUGCUUGUAAAUCCUCACGGCGGACUAGACACCACCCGUAGCGGUCACGCUCUUGAGAUUGCUCGCGAAAUGAAGUUGGGAUAUGACGCCCUGCACCAACAUCGCGAAAAGGCAUUUCGCAUGCCAAUAGUACCUAUCCCGACUGGCUCCGCAAAUGGGAUGUCUCUCAAUCUGUUGGGUCUGCAGGACGGUCUCGACGUUUGUGCAGCAGCUUUGAACGUCCUUAAAGGGCAACCAUUGAAAACUGAUCUCUUCUCUUUCACCCAAGGAGAUCAUCAGCGGAUAUCAUUCAUGUCACAAACUAUCGGACUUAUCGCAGACGCUGAUAUUGAGACUGAAAAUUUACGGUGGAUGGGCGAUACCCGAUUCAUCCUAGGCUACAUCCGUGCUGUUAUUGCCCGCAAAUCGUGUCCAAUCGAAUUAUCGAUGAAGGUAGUCGAUCAAGACAAAUCCCGCAUGAUGGAUGCUCUUGACGAUAAGAAGCUUGAUGGCACAAGCUCUUCACACGGGGAGUGGACCCGGUUUGAAAAACCUAUCCUUUGGGAUAUACGCUGGCCAAGGGCCCUCAUGAGUUCGACUAGGGAUUUCAUGCCGUUUCCUGUUUCUUUAGCUGAUGACGGGCUCAUUGAUAUCUCCGUAUUAGAAAUAACCAGUCGUAGGAAUCUCUUGCGAGCCGUGGACGGUGCCGAAGAAGGUCGGCCGUACUGGAUGAACUCGAACCGAUACUUCAAAGCGUCCGCCUACCGCGCACGACCACUUGCACCCACGGGCACGCUCGUGGUCGAUGGCGAGCAAGUUCCCUUCGAAGAGUUCCAGGUAGACGUACUUCACAGACUUGGCACUUUUCUAUCCCCGUAUCCUUAUUAUGCGCCUGAAUUCGUUGUACAAGAUGCCCAAGGGAAAACCCGACGUACUAGUGUAUGA